UUGACCACGCCCCAAAUGGAAGACUCCCUCUUGUACUUUGGUUUUGGUUCUAAUCUCAAAUGUCGUAGACUUCAAAUAAAUUGUCCCUCAGCCCAGUUCCUCUGCAAGGCUGAGCUAAAAGACUAUAAGCUUGUAUUUGCUGGCUCUUCAAUGUUUUGGAAAGGAGGAACAGCAACCAUUAGACCCUCACCUGGUGACAGAGUCUGGGGAGCUGUUUGGAAACUGGACCCCAAGGACGUCCCAUCUCUUGACAUGCAAGAAGGCAUUCAUUUAGGGAUCUAUAACAAAAUGUCGGUUACUGUCAUUAGCGAUGAAGGGGAUAGUAAGAAUGUCAUAACUUACGCAAGACCUCAAGAGGUUCCAGUUGCAGCUCCAUCUCCUCAAUACUUACAGGUCGUGUUGGAGGGAGCUGGCGAGUGUGGCUUACCUCAACAAUACAUUGAGGAGUUGAACAAAAUCGAACACAAUGGAUACGCUGGGAAUGUUGUUUUGACUGAAGACUAUGUCCUAUGAACAUUUUGUAUUAUUUUUAGUCUACAAUAUUUAUUAGGGCUCUUGGUAUUAUUAUCAAGAGUAUGGAAAAACUAUUUAUUUUUUGUUUUCUGCAUGAGGAUUGUGUAAAUAGA